AUGACUAUUUUAAGACUCAAAGUCUAUGGGAUUGAUCAUAAAAUAUUUUGGAUUAUAUUCUUAGCACUCCAAGGAUUGCUUAUAUCUUGCAUGAUUGGAACUUUAGGAGCAAAGAACUGAGUUGAAAUGAAAUACGACCACGCCACUUGAAAGGGAGACCUGACAUGAGUUACAGAUAGUGAUAUAGACUGUAUUAGUAAAUCUUCGUAUAACGAUCUUCGAUCUGAUUUUUGUGUUUAUAAAAGUAAAUGCCAAGAUACUAACGAUGCCUAUUGCGAAAUGUUCAAAAAUCUAGACAAUUGCGGAUCGUUGUAUGUUGUAUUAGAAAUUAUUGCCAUAAUUUGCACUAUUAUAUGAGCUAUAAUAUUAGUCUGCUUUAUUUGUAGCAUCAACUGCUUUGCUAUAUCAUUUUGCUGCUCUUCGACUUCAUGCAUUUUUCAUUAUAUAGCAUUUUUAUCUUGGAUGGGCUGAUCAAAUACAAAUUUUAAUGGAGACUGUGAUAGUGAUAUUCGAAAUAGCGAUGAAGCUCCAGCAUUAUGUGCAAAAGAUGGACCUAGUCUAUCCUUAUUUUUGGUUGUAGUGUUUCCUAUUAUUUUGAUAGCUUUUAUCAUCAUAGGUUCAAAAACAAUUCGUGUAAAGAGAUUAGAAGCUAUCAGGGGUCGAGUAAUUGGAGUGAGUGAAAUAAAUAACUCAAAUCAAGUGCAAAUGUUUGUUCAGCCUGGAUAUGCUCCUUAUAGUCAAGGAGUGCCAACAGUAUACCCAGCAGGGCAGCCGAUUAUUCCUCAGCCUUACCAAUAUCCUCCUAAUGCACGGGAAAAUUAUAGCGGACAAUCACAAGGCUUUUUCUCGCCACUAGUGGCUCAGCCUCUCUUUUAUGAUGCAUAUCAAAAUGCUCCUCUUCGUACAAAUCAAGUAGAAUCGCAAAAUUUUGGUCCAUCUUAUGAUAAAAAAUAA